UGUGGAAAUUGUGCCCAUGUGUGUGCGAUAGAAUUUUCGUAGUACUGUAAGAUAAAAAAGUAUCUACUUGGAACACACGACACUCACGUUCGCGCUGAUCGAACUGAAUAGAAAUGAUUUUUCCUAGAAGAAAAAGCAUUUUCGUUCAUUUCGUCUAGUUUUCCAUACACACUCGGGGGGACAUUGUGAUUUUCCCAAUUCCCACACAAAAUACAUUCGCUAAAAACGUUUGUAGUUUCAAUCUGAAUGCCUCGUAGUUCUGUGCAUGGACAAUAACAACAACAAAUAAUAAUAAUAAGGAAUAGUACUAAGGAAAAUGUAACUGCAGCCAACUAGAUUCCAACUGAAGGAAAAUCAAAAUACGCCAGACAAAAACAACCCUCGAAGCAUCCUCUCCGAAAUCAAAGGAAAACGUGCAUUUUCGCCAACCAAGCACUAUCAUCUCCUCGUCCGCUUUCGAUACCACAAGUUGGAAAAUAUAUAUUUUGGGGAGUUUUUCCCCAAAAGAAAAAAAGAAAAAAGGAAAUUAACCGAAUCUUUCGAAACUCUGCGAAGUACGUUGUGUCGUGUGUUGUGAAACAUUGCGUGUGCCGUGCCUAACGCCAGUUCUGAAUCUUAGUUCUAUUUUCCAAUUUUUCCUUGCUAAUUUUUCUAGUGAGAGUAUCUGAAAUCUUUUUUGCAUCGGUGAAUUUGUGCGUUGUUGCUGCUGUUGUUGUUGUUAUCGUCAUCUUACUUCGCCCCCCUCGAGACCACCAUUCCGGGUGUAUUCUAGAAGUAAACGAGGAUUCUACUGCGAAAAUUCCACGGCAAUGUAUCUGAAAACUAAGUAUCAACGACAUGCAACGCUUGUCGAAAUAUAAACGUAAAUUUAUGUGGAAAACUGCUAGCCGGACGACAAAAAAUAGUACAUUAAGUCACUCCCAAAUGCAAAUGAAGCGAUGGGAAGUGACUGUUCACACUAUCAAUUACAAAAUGCACUAGAUUUUAAGUUCGAUAAAAAUUUCAAGUAUCUAAAAUUAAGCUGAUUUGAUUUUACCGACCGUUACCUAUGAAAUUACUAGUGCAACAAGAAAAUCCUCGAUUUAGUACAAUCUAAUGUUAUCAUUGUAAAAUAAAAAAAGAUAUAAGAAAAGUUUCGAUAAGUUCACAAACGAAACCGAUAUACUGACAGAAGUUUAAGCAAAAAAGUUGGCAAAUUCGUGGCCAUACUUACUGGAAAUGCUAUGGAAAAAGAUAGUAUGUCAGUUUGGAUUCAGAUACAUUUAACUGUUCCUGAUUCUAGUCUUGGAUAGAAUUUGAACCACUAAAACCAAGAAGGAUACGUGGAAAAUUCUAGAGCCAGCCAUAUUUUGAUUGAUCCUAUUUAAAACUAGCAUCCUACCCGGCACAACUAUUGUUUAAUCUUCGAUAGCAUUUAAAGAUAUCAUCGUUAAGGUUCUGACUCGGGGCAACAGUCUGUACUCUCACCGUUUGGUCGCGGUGGAAGGGAUGUUCAUACCUGAUUCGUUACGGAGCUGUAUGAUCGAGACGGACGUAUCAUCAUAUCUACAGACACCAUCCUCAGGACAGGUGCUUGUGCUCUUCUGCUACCAACCAGCCGAAAUCCAUAUCAUAUGAUGAAUUUCAUCCGUUCAUUGAGGCGUUAUUGCCAUUCGUCAAAUCAUUCUCGUACACAUGGUUCAAUUUACAGGCGGCAAAACGGAAAUAUUACAAAAAGCACGAAAAACGUAUGUCGCUGGAAGAAGAAAGGCACUGCAAGGACGAAUUACAGAACGAAAAAGCCGAGGUAAAACAAAAAUGGGCAUCACGUCUGCUGGGUAAACUGCGUAAAGACAUUAAUCAAGAAUGUCGUGAGGAUUUUGUACAAAGUAUAACGGGUAAACGGCAAUCGUUAUGUGUCCUAUCAAAUCCUGAUCAGAAGGGUAAAAUGCGACGGAUCGAUUGUUUAAGACAAGCCGAUAAAGUCUGGCGUCUUGAUUUAGUUAUGGUCAUACUAUUUAAGGCGAUACCACUUGAAAGUACAGACGGUGAAAGAUUAGAAAAAAAUCCAGAUUGUACAAAUCCUGGCCUGUGUGUAAAUCCGUAUCACAUAAAUGUAUCAGUGCGUGAACUUGAUUUGUAUCUGGCGAAUUUUAUAAAUACGCACGAUACCAUUAGUCCACCACCGAUCUAUAAUAACAAAAAAGAUGACGAACGGAAGCACAAAGGUUACACACAUAAUCCAUAUAACGGAGUGAUAUGUAAUGAUAUCAUCCUGGCUACAGGUGUGUUCUCAUCCAAAGAACUUUGGAAGUUAUCCAAAGCCUCGAUCUUAGAUGAAACCAAUGAGCUGAUACAGGCGAACGCGAAUUCUAUCAAAAUGGAGAACUCAACAGGAGCGUACUAUUGCAACAGUUAUCCGUUAUCGGCAGCACCUGGAAUUGUAUCAGCUGUAACAGAUCGAGCGAUUGGAUCUUCAAUGGUUCUAUCAAGUGGUUACAGUAUUGAUGUUGUCGAUCCACGAUCCAUGCAUCUUUCUGUAGCAGGAUCACCGUUGGUUCGAUCGCAAUCCAACUGUAAAUCAGAUCCCUGUGCAUCACCACCAGACGUGGGUAGCAGUUUCUCCGUCAUUUUAAGGCCAAGCGACCAACUGGGUGGGAAUCAUAAUGGUGACUCGCUGUCUCUACAGAGGUACACAUCGGGUCAUCCAGCUUCCAGACUAGUGGCGGUGAGUCAGUCCCGGACCAAUGAAGUUCUCCUCCAGCAUAAUGCAAGCAGUAGCUUGAUAUCGCAUUCAGUUAGUCCUAGCACGGUGUACUACCAACAUAGUCCUUCUUCUGGGCCUUCUGAAGUCCCUGGGCCUACAUCCAGUGAUAGCGGUCAGCAACAACAGCAUCCACAGCAGCAUCACUCGCAUAAUCCCAAAUAUGCAGAUAGUGUGAACGGAAGCCAUGAUACACUUUCCGACUUUGUCACUUUUGUGUGUCAGGAGACCGACAAUGGAUCGCAAAGUUCUCAGUUUCCUGUACAACAUGUUGGCCGAAGUCCUAAAAGUCAAUAUGCUCAAUACAGUACAAUGCUUCCACCACCACCGCUGCCGCCAAUGGCGCGACCAGUGGCGAUAAUUAGAUCAACAGGCGAUUUAACAAUGGUAGGAUCACCACCAAGUUCGAUUACCCCUCCCGCUGGAGCAUCUGGAACUAUCACUUCAUCGCCCCAUCAUCAUCAUCAACAUCAGCAUUCCUCUGCUACUGAUCCAGAUUCUGUAGUCACAAAUAGCAGUACACCUGUUCAUAGCAGUAGUGGGAGCAGCAACGGUGGUGGGGGAAGUAGUGCAGGAGGUGGUAGUCCGUCAGCUUCUGCAUCGAAUAAUAAUAGUGGUAAUAUAGGAACAGGCACAGGAGAGCUCAGUUCGUCACCACCUUUAAGUCCUGCCCAUAGUAUGGACACAAGUCGAAAACCACUAACAAGGCUAUCUAGUAAUCCAUAUCCCACUGGCCGCGAAUAUGCCCCUUUCAAUCAUUUUCAUACUCAACCUACCCCGAUUUUGGGAUAUACAAGCUCAAUAUCAACAAUGUCGGGUGUUAUCAGUCCAACGAAUUUAAGUUUAUAUUCAUCGCCGGUAACAACACCACGAACAACGCCACGAGCGCGAUGGAAUGCACCAUUUUUAAUGGAAGAAGAUUUCAAUAUGAUCACACAUCCUGUCUCGAAUAAUAAUCCUGAAACUAAUUCGGUAAUUCUUAUGGAUGAAGCUGAACACUCCUCAACAGCGCGGUACAGUGAAGAGUAUCCAUCUCGUGACUAUGUUACAUGAUUAUAAGAUCAAAAGAUAUUAGAGCUCCUCAAUAUAUUUAUUGAUGAUGAUCCAUGAGGCGUAUAUAUAUGUAUAUAUACAUAUAUAUGUGCUUAUAUAAAUAUCUCCAAUGUAGGCAACCACCUUGGUUUUUUUUUUCUUGUUAAAAAUACUGCAAUGAGCAACGAAGCGGCAGGAAUUAUAUUAAUCUUGCAUGAAAAUUGAGAGAUAGAUCAUUGAAAGAAAAUGUUGCAUGAAAAUAGUAAAUGAGCAACUAAAAGGUAGUAAAAAGCGUGCUUACAUCCAGAAUAAAUAUUAAAAACAAAACCAACAAAUUAAUUUAUUGCAAGAAUUUAGUUUCUCCUUUUUAUUUGAAAAAAGAAAGGCGAAAACUAUUAACAAAACAACUAGAAAAGAGACAAUAGUAGAUUUAGUGAUAAUCAAAUAAGAAAUGGACAAAAAAAAAAAUCAUAUUUAAGUAGGCAAUAAUUGACCCACAAGGAUAGUUUGAUUAAGAAAUAACAAUGAAACCGUUACAAGAAACGAAGCCAAAUAAUUAUAUUCUUAAGAAGAAAUGUUAAAAAUUUAAUAAUUUGAUGAAAAUAACGCUGAAAAGCAGAAACCUAAACAUACAUAUAAAGCACACAUACAUAGUAUUCUACUUCAUAUAAUAGAGGAGAAAAACACUAAUAGACAGUUUUGUGAACCUGCAGAUUACUUAAAGAAAACUUGUGACAUGAUCUUUUACAAAAAGAAACCUUAUUUUUAGGGACGAUGCCAACCAUAUAUUAUUUUUAAGUUAUCGCAGAUGUUAGGGAAAUUAAAUAUGGGGGAAUUGUUCUUCUUAAAAUUGAAUGUUUUCACUUUAGUUUUCCGUACACAAUAUAUCAAGCGCCAAUUGGUAUAUUGGUAUAUAUAUUUUGUACUGCUAAUUCUCGCUCAAAUUAACUAAUUUCAAAUACAUAAGAACAUAUAUACGUGCGUUAAAAAAUAUCUCAAUCGAAAUUCAAGCAAUGAAAAUAAUAUAAAUUUAAUAUCGAAAAUAAAAAUAAAAAUCGAUAAAUAAUAACGAACAAAUUAAAACAAUAGUGAUAAAAUGAAUAAAAUAUAAAUAAAUUAAUGAAUUAAAAAAAAGAACCUAUCCUAGUAUUUAAAAUACAGACUGUACUGAGCCUAAGGUAUGUGCCUUAGUAUUUAAAAAAUUUAAAUGAAGUAGAAGUAACCAUUCAUGUUAUUUAUUGAAUUUAUAAGGCAGCAUUAAUUUCUAUACAAUUCAAUAAGAACUCAAGAUAAUGGAUAGUUUGAAAAGAAUAAAAGAAACAAAUGAGGAAAUAAGAGUGAAUAAUCAAAAAACCAAAAGUAAAAAAAUAAAGAAAAACAUCUUAAUCAUGUAAAAAUUAGAAAUAUAUAGACAAGAAAAAAAUGAAUAUUUAAUUAAAAUAACAUGCGGCAUUCACGUUUCUUCCGUACACAAUAUAAAUGUGUUGUAACGGUCUAAAUACUACAUUUGUAUUGUGUGAAGAAUGAUGCCAAAACAUUGCGAAACUAUUUCCAGUAAAUAAUAUAAUAAUAAGUAAAACACGAAAGAUACUGAAUAAUAGGAAU